AUGGCGACUAGUUUACAUGUUUUGGUGACGUUGCAGAUUAUAAGCUGCUGUAUGGUUUGUUAUGCCUCAAAUCCAAAUGCCUGCUGCACACCGAAGCAGUGGCAGGCUACUGUAAUACAAGAUGGUAGUUCCAUUUCUCAAAAAAAGGGAUUGGGUGUUAGUCUUUUGACUGGUAAGAUAUCUGUUUAUUACGACUCCAUUAAUAAGAGAGUUAGGAUCGAUGAAGAAAACAGUUUGAAUCCUGUCAACAUAACGACGAUACAUGAUUUGGGGAAGAAUAUAAGCUAUUAUAUAUAUGGUACCAAUUGUACUAUGAGCGUUUUGAAAGGAAAAUUUGCUGAUUUCUGCGUUCCAAAAAACUCAUCUUAUAACGGAAAUAGAACUCUAGGUGGUAGCUUGGUAGUAGAUGCUUGGGGAUUGCAUUUCGAAGACAGCAGUAAAUUUGCUAGAAUUGAUGUUACAAGGGAUAAGUGUAUACCUGUCACUGAAACAUUUUUUCAGUCAUCGGUAAAGACCUCAUCAGCCGUGUACGCUACUAAUGUCUUUUCCAAUGUUCAAAGUGCCAUAUCAUCUCCGAAAGUAUUCGAUAAACCAACUGUUUGUACAAAUGCAAUUAAGUCAAGUGUACAGAUGGACGUAGAUUUAAGGGCAAUGCUGUGGGAGAGAGGCCUUAACAAUGGUAGACCCUCUCCGGGUCAUUUCAUGAAACUGCAUAGUUCACAACUGCUAAUGCAGUCUGUUGAUACUGUUUAUAAUCAUUAUGUCGAAUACCGACGAAAGCUCAAGGAAAAUGGUGGCAAUAAUUUUAAACUAUCGGAAAUGGAGGCCUUGAGAAAGAUUAUAAAUAAUAAUAUUUUCUAA